GAGGGCCAAGAACGGACGGUGAUGAUAAGGCUAAGCUAUCAUCUGAGUCGUAUUCUCUUUCCCCCCUUGUCCAGCGUCCGAUUUCACUCCCUCCCUCUUCUCUCUCCUCCUCCAUAGCCCAUCGAUCUCUCUCUCUCUCUCGCGCCCAAAUUACAAAAUCACGGGUUUCGGCGACGAUGUCCGACGCUGCUCCGGCGAGUCCUGGCGGUGGGAGCCACGAGAGCGGCGAGCAGAGCCCUAGGUCGAACGUCCGCGAGCAGGACAGGUUCCUCCCGAUCGCCAAUAUCAGUCGGAUCAUGAAGAAGGCGCUUCCGGCGAAUGGGAAGAUCGCCAAGGACGCCAAGGAGACCGUGCAAGAAUGCGUCUCCGAGUUCAUUAGUUUCGUCACUAGCGAGGCGAGUGAUAAGUGCCAGAGAGAGAAGAGGAAGACGAUAAAUGGGGAUGAUCUUCUAUGGGCAAUGGCCACUUUGGGGUUUGAAGAUUAUAUUGAUCCGCUGAAAGUGUACCUGAGUCGAUACAGAGAGAUAGAGGGUGAUACGAAGGGAUCAGGAAAGGGUGGGGAAGGGUCUGCUAAAAAAGAUGGGGUUCAACCUGGUCCAAAUACGCAGUUUGCACAUCAAGGUUCAUUUUCACAAAGCAUGAAUUACGGAAAUUCCCAAUCACAAGGUCAACAUAUGAUGCUUCCCAUGCACGGCACAGAGUAGAAUGGAUUCUCAAACAGUUUCCAUCAUUUUCAAUCCUAAACGAGGAUAUCAUGUUUAAAGCUCUUUACUUAUUUUAAAUGUGUUCAGAUCCGAGCAUUGUAACAUUUUAGGGGUGAUUGGUUGGCGUUGUUUCAUGUCCAGUGUUAUGUUUCGGCAUGUUUGUAUAUUACAGUGUCUUCUGGAGUAGAUAAAUUAUUUGAUGAAUAUUGAGAGCCUUUGGUGGAUUUAUUGAAUCUUCUUUUGUUUUUUUUAUUAACUUUUAUUUUGGUAGGUAGGCAAGACCGGAUAUUUGGUCAUGUAACUGACUGAGAAACUCUGUUGUGCUUUCUUUUUUUUUUCCUUUCACCUUGUUGCUAUUUUCUCAUUAUUUUUGGAUGUGCUGAGAGAAUGUCUUAA